CUUUUGUACGAAAACAGUUAUUCAUAGCCAUUGAAAGUUGACGCUAUGUUCGCUAUCGAAAAGUUCUCGAUAUUUCUCUUCUGCCUCUUCUUCUUUAUACUCGCUAAUUUUAAGACACACGCUCAGCAGUGUGCGCCACUCAAUUUCCCGACAUGCAGCGAAUCAGCUAAUUCGGGCUACUCUGGCCGUGGCUGUAAUGGAGGCACGAGUUGGUAUUACAAUACCGGUUCGCGACGUUGUGAGACAUUCACUUAUUGGGGUUGUGGCGGCAAUUCGAACCGUUAUUGUACACAAUUUGCUUGUCAACAGCGUUGUCGGGUAUUUAGCACAUAGAAUUUGUGAAACUCCUCAAUUAAUAUACGAAAAAUAUGAAUUCAAAGGUGAUACUUAAUAAAUGUCUUGAGCUUGAAAAAUAUCACA